AUGCGGCACAAUACUUAUCAUUCAGUCCCUCAAGCCCGUCGGAACGCUCCCUAUAAGCGUUGGACCGUUCCUCAACUCCCUACUCCCAGUCGAUCAAACCCAAGUGCCAUCAUUGAUCAGAAAUUGGUUGAAGGUGCACAGGAACCUCUGUUCAGUCGACUACCCAGAGAGGACUCUAGGAGCUAUCGACCUGAGCUGCAGUUGUUUUCUCGGGACGAUGAUCUAGACCUGGAUGCCUUUGACCUUGAACUCCUAGCCCAAUCAGAUGAGCAAAUACAGAGUCCUCAGACAGCCGCUUCAUUCGCAGAUCGUGGCUCGUUGUCCAGGCCUCCCCAAAGAACAGACUAUAACCGGGUUUCUCGUUUCUUUCAAGCGGGUCCUCAUGUCACUCCACGUCAAAGUUUCGGCUCUAGUUCUUCGGAUACGGGUGUGAGAUCGCCAUCUAGUCCACUGAUAAGAAUGCGGGCUGGGAGGGUGAAUGCACAUGCUUCUGAACACGACUUCGAGAACAACAUUGAUCCCCAUACUUCCUCCAACCGUGAAAUACUGGCUUCUCACUCUUCUGAGAUAUCGUCAGUUGCCCGCCAAGACCGGCAAAGAGGCCCCUUCCAACAACAUCUUCCAGUUUCAGUUCGAGGUAUUGUCCUCGUAUCUGUGCAUGAACUCCCAGAUGAAUACCGGUCGAUCUUUCCUUUUCCUGUAUUCAAUGCCGUACAGUCAAAAUGCUUUCAAUCGGUCUACAAGUCCGAUAGCAACAUUGUUCUUGCCGCACCUACGGGCAGUGGCAAAACAGCUAUAAUGGAACUGGCAAUAUGUCGUUUACUCAACUGCGUCAAAGAUGAACGGUUCAAGGUGAUAUAUCAGGCGCCUACCAAAACUCUUUGUUCCGAGAAGUUCAGAGACUGGAGUAGAAAGUUCAAUACAUUAGGGCUGCAAUGUGCAGAGUUGACCGGGGAUACAGACCACACUCAAUUGAGGAGUGUUCAGAACAGCCAAGUGAUCAUCACGACACCCGAGAAGUGGGACAGCAUGACGCGGAAGUGGAAGGACCAUGCACGUUUAAUGCAGCUCGUCAAGCUAUUCCUCAUUGAUGAGGUCCAUAUCCUCAAGGAAGCGCGUGGUGCAACUUUAGAGGCUGUCGUAUCCCGCAUGAAAGCAAACGGGUCCAACGUUCGCUUUAUCGCUCUAAGUGCUACGGUUCCGAAUUCAGAGGAUAUAGCAACUUGGCUAGGUAGGGAUUCAGUAAAUCAGCACGUGCCUGCCCACAGAGAGCAUUUUGGGGAAGACUUUCGUCCUGUGAAGUUGCAGAAGUUCGUGUAUGGCUACCAGUCUCACGCCAACGAUUUCGCAUUCGACAAGAUGUGUACCUCUAAAGUUGCAGAUAUUAUAUCAUCUCAUUCUCGAAAGAAGCCAAUAAUGAUAUUUUGCUGCACGAGGAAUUCAGCUGUUGCUACCGCGAAGGAGCUUACACGCUUGUGGACCAUGUCCAACCCUCCUGCUAGGUUAUGGAAGGGACCAGGAAGGUCUAUGGAAGUGCAGAAUGUAGACUUGAGAGCCACAAUUGCUGCUGGAGUAGCUUUCCAUCACGCUGGCCUUGAUCCGAUUGAUCGCCGCUCGGUCGAGACAGGGUUCCUCAAUGGACAGGUUAGCAUAAUUUGUUGCACAUCAACUCUUGCAGUUGGUGUUAAUCUGCCCUGCCAUCUUGUCAUUAUAAAAGGAACAGUCGGGUGGCAAGAGGGAGGCUGCAAGGAGUAUUCCGACCUAGAAAUCAUGCAAAUGCUAGGGCGCGCCGGUAGACCACAGUUUGAUGACAGCGCUACAGCUGUAAUAAUGACAAGACAAGCACGCGAAGCUCACUAUGAGAGGCUUGUGUCUGGCUCUGAGAGCCUUGAAAGCUGCUUACAUUUAAAUCUUACGGACCAUCUAAAUGCAGAGAUCGGACUUGGCAACAUCACAGACACUGAAUCUGCUAUCAGAUGGCUCGCUGGUACUUUCUUCUUCGUGAGAAUGAGAAGGAAUCCGACAUAUUAUCGACUAAAGGAGGACGCUGAUAAAGAAGAUGAAGAGGAGAUGCUCCGACAAAUAUGUCAGAAAGAUAUCAAGCUUCUUCAAGAUUGUGGACUGGUCUCCGCCGAUAGUCUCAAAUCCACCAAGUUUGGUGAUGCCAUGGCGCGAUACUAUGUGCGCUUCGAGACGAUGAAGACCUUGCUUACUUUGAAGCCUCAUUCAACCGUACCUCAAAUUCUCUCAGUGCUUUCGAGAGCAGACGAAUUCCGUGAAAUACGCCUCAAAGCGGGCGAGAAGUCCCUAUAUAAAGAGAUCAAUCGCUCCAAUGCAAUUCGGUUCCCAUCCGAGUUAGGUGCUGUUGAUUUGCCAGAUGGCGAACCAUUCCAGAAGCACAGGUUCACUUUCCAACAGGACAAGACAUUCGUCUUUUCUCACAUCAACAGGCUCAUCCGAUGUAUAAUUGACUGUCAGGUAGGCCUUGAAGACUCUUUCACGCUACGAAAUGCACUAGAGCUUGCAAGGAGCUUUGGUGCCAAAGUCUGGGAUGACUCCCCGCUUCAGAUGAAGCAGAUCGAACAAAUUGGUGUGGUUGCCGUUCGAAAACAAGCGUCGUCAGGAAUCACUAGCAUUGAAGCACUGGAGCUUUGUGAACCUCAUCAAAUUGAUAUGAUCUUGAGCAGAAAUCCUCCGUUCGGGAGGAAGUUGCUGGAGCGGCUUGUUGAUUUUCCCAAGCUUCGAGUAUCCGUCAAGAUGAUUGGCAAGGAAACAAAGACUGGUAUAGGUGCACAGGUCAAUAUAAGAAGCGAAAUCGCCUUCAUGAACGAGAAAUGUCCGACAUACUUCCAACGUCGUCCCGUGUACGUCUGCUUCAUGGCGGGUACUUCAGACGGUCGUUUGCUCGACUUCCGACGCAUAAGGCAAAUGCUCAAUGGUCAGGAAAUAAUCUUGAGUGCGGAGCUGAAAAGCGCCGGCCAAUCGGUGACGUGCUAUGCAAUGUGUGACGAUAUAGCUGGAACUAUGCGAUCCGCACAGCUGACUGAUCUUCCCGCAAGCUUGUUUCCGUCUCAGCUAGAUUCUCCGUCCGAUUUAGUGUCGGCAAGGCCCAAACCUAACAUCUCUCGCCGACGCAGUAACGACAUAUCCCAGACCAAAUCCGUCGCCCGAAACAUCAACCUUUGGGACAGUGACGAUCUUUUGUUCGGAGAUUUCCUAGAAAAUGACCGAGCCGAAAACUGGUCGUGUGUCGAUAAGUUGCAACAAUCUCCAGAAGACAAAGCACGGCUUUCAAGAAAUACGAGUAAGGGCUCGAAUCGAAGCAACAAUCAGAUAAUUGAAACAGUAGAGGCUGUCAGACUCGAGAACGGUCGAUGGGCCUGCAACCAUCGGUGCAAAGAUAAGACAACAUGUAAGCAUCUCUGCUGUCGAGAAGGACUCGAGAAGCCACCCAAAGCAAACAAGAAGCGAUCAGGCGACGAUGAUAAGAACAAGGGUAAGAAGAUAACGGGACUCAAUCAGACAACCCUUCCAGCAACAAUAGCCAAGAAGGACACUACCACCCAAGCGAGUAACCCUCCUGAUUUUGAAGCACAGAGAAAUCUAAUAGAAACCCCGGUCUCAACACACAAACCCUCCUCAGGAAACACGAAUACCAACAGAAACAACAAUCCAGGAAGUGACUCUGGCUGUCCAGUUCCAGAGAACAUACUAGAAUCCUCAAGCGAUUACGGAAACGACAGCUUCAGUGACUUCCCUUCACCAUCCGCCCUGCUGCUCGGAAAUCCCAUAGUAGCAACAUCGUCGAAAGAACAGGAUCCCGAAGCCCCCACUAUCGAAGACAACACGAAGAGAGACUUGAACACAGAAGACUGGAGUGACGAUGAUGGAUGGCCCGACUUCCAGGUACCACCAGUGACAGAUAUUGUUCCUGCACCCGAAGACGGUCGAAAAAGGAACAUUCAACCAGCACAAGGCCCUGAUAAGAUUGAUAUAAUCAAUUCAGCCCUCUCAGAGGUCAAAGAGAUGAUACUGAACGAUCAAAAUGAUAGACCUGAUUAUCAUGGAUCUACUCCUGCUAAUUCCCAUGGGAGGAAACGGAAGAUUCUCUUGACUACGACCGUUGAGGCCGAUAGAAAGAGAUGCAAGACGGACAAAGACAUCGUAGCUACCUAUCCAAGCUCUUUCCAGCCCGGUGGUACUACGGAUGUAGCAGCUGAGAUUCCCGCAGGCUGGGAGGAUAUUGAGCCUGCUCUACUGCAUGAGUUCAAGGAUGUUAUCAAUUUGUUAUAAGGCUCGAUAGCUAGUUAUAAUUUGUGGAAUUCAGC